CAUUCUGAUCCGAGGAUCAGCUGGAGGCAGCAAUAAACAGAAGGAAAUUCUGCAGCGGAAAAAAACUGAGGAGGAGGAAAAAGCUGCAGAUGUUAUAAUCCGAAAACAUCAGUGUAACAUUUUUACACGAAGCCCUUCUUCUAAGAAGAAAGCCUUUUAUUUUUGUAUAAUAGUGUUUUAACUACCUCACUUAAAGACGAUCUUAAGCUGUGCUUUAAGAAUUGUUAUCGUUUCUACUGUGUUCGAGAUCUCGUUUACAACUUGAAUAAUAUUGCAAAGGCAGGCCUUCGCUCCAAACCAAGUCAACCUUACAUUUGCACUAGAGAAGCCUGUUCAAACCUGCUUGUCAAAAUCGAGAUCCAGUAAGGGCUUUAGGUGGAAAAUAAAAGAGACUCAAAAUAUCUAACAAAGUAUUGCUUAGAACAGCAACAAGUGAUACUUAAACACAAAUAAGAAAUUCAAUAAGGCAGCUACAGCUUUUUCUUUGUGGACAAACAAGAAGUACCUGAGUCAUCACCACUUGACGAAACAAGCAGUCAUGUUCCAACGUUUGAGCAGCCUGUUGUUUGGGGAGGUAGAAGAAGUGGCGGCUGAGCUCAAAGGACCCAACCCCUGUGUGACAGAGGCCGACGAGGAGGGAUGGAUGCUUGUCAACCUGCCUGAAGAAUCUGACUGCAUGAUUCAGGCAGACGAUGAGACGGGAGAACCAUCAAUUGCACAAUCAUUCCCAGAUAGUAACCAAUCAAAUCAAAAAGUCAUAAAUUCAAGGACUGAAAGCCUGGCCCCCAUUUCCCACCCGUCUAUCAAGCGACGUAGAACACAUAAAGCUCGGUCACGAGGUGCAGUAGCACCAUCAGACCCACUGUCUUGUCCAAGCGCUAGCCCUUCAGACUUGGGUGCCACUACACCUGUGACCCUGCCGAGACGGGCCAGGCUGUCCACGCCCUCCUCAACCCCGUCAAUGUCCCCUGGCUCUGGAAGUGAGUGUGGGCGCAGUGGGGGUAGCAGUAGGUCAGGCCAAGAGAGAGGCUGCAUGGAUGAGAGCUGGUUUGUCACCCCUCCCCCCUGUUUCACUGCAGAGGGAGCCACAGCGGAGGCCAGCCCGAUGGAGGACCUGCUCAUCGAGCACCCCAGCAUGUCUGUGUACGUCUCUCCGAGCAACUUCUCCAUGGUCUCCCACAGCAACCUGUCCGUGUUGGGAGAGGAAAGCAUUGUCAGCCUGGCGAGCAGCGUGAGCAGAGUGGCAGAACCAGCUGCUGCCCUGGCUACCCGCAGCACUAUGCCUACCAGGGUGAGCCGUGGAGCCGCUGCCCAGGCUGGACCUCUGGCCAAGGUCACCCAAGUGGCCAGGGUCCAGCGUAGCAAAGCCCGCAUUGAGCGACGCCAUCUGGGCCGCAACCGCAUCCAACGCCAAAACCGCACCCGGGAGCAGGUCCCUCGCCAUGCAGGCCACGCCAGAAACACCUUCCUUCAGCAGCCCACCAAGCGUAACAUCUGCCACUAAACUCCACUACACCAGGGGGCAGCGCUUAGUCUGAGGGCAUUAGUAGUGCAUAGUCAACUCCAAGACACACAGGAUUAAAUGUCUUCAUGCACCACAUAUUUGCUUUCUUUUCUGCACAUUAUAUCAUAAUUGGAUGCCAGUAGACCAGUAGCUUUUUUGUUUUGGUCAAGUUACAAACUGGCUCCACCUGGUAGGUUAAUGCCCCUUUAAGAUGUCAAGCCCUCUGAGAAGACCUGUGUAGACGUUUAUAACAGUUGUUAUCCAUUGCAGUAUCCAAACAACAACAAAAAAUAUAAAAAAUAUGUAUACAGGUUAUACUUGGUAACAAUAAUUACUAAGAAAAACAAAAAAAACUAUAGCUCUUUUGAUUUUUAAACUAUUAUUUUUUCUUUCACUUGUCCUCAAGGCAUGUUAUUUUUAAUAAUUCAAUCAUUAAAUCCCUUAAAGGUGGGGUAGGUAAGUUUCAGAAACCGGCUCGAGAUACACUUUUUGUUAUAUUCCAUGGAAUGCUCUUAACAUCCCGAUAGCAAUGAAUAUCUUAAGUGCUUUGACAAAAAAUCCAUAAAAAAACGUCAUCUGUGGAAGCCGUAAUACUGUAAAAAGUACAACCAAUCCGUUUAGCCGGGCCGGCUAAACGGAUUGGAUUGCCGCCCUGUCUGUCAGCCUUCCAUCUCGUGCACGCACAAAUGUAUCUCGUGCCCUCAUUGGGCGUGCAUUGCAGUAGUACUUCAAUGACUCGCCAGCAACAGGAGGCCACUUUCACCAGUCUGCUGACGUCAUGUGCGCGUUCAUGUGUGUUGGAGGAGGUGCUCUGUAAGGAAGUCUGAAGGAAGGGGCGGAUUCUUUUCGGCUGUGUACUUUCAAAUUUUAGUGCACUCGAGCCGGUUUCUGAAACUUACCUACCCCACCUUUAAAUUGUUUAUAUAUUUAGAGCGAUUUUUUUAUUGUAAUUACCAAGUGUACUUUAAGACAUUUCCGGUAGAAACCAUGCAAGAAAGAGACUUUCUUGUUUCAGAGAAAACAACUCAUGUCUUCGAAGCUUUGGUCUGGCAAAAGACAAAGGCAUUCAGACAUGAGGCAACCUGUUUCAUCACAGGAAACACAUAUUGUGAUAUUUCUCUUUUCUCUCUGUGAAGGUUUAGAGCAAGUAGAAGAUGGUGAGAGCAUGAGCAAAACAGAUUAAAGAGUACAAAUAAUGUCUUGACGUAGAACUUGACAUUAAUAAAAGGAUUAUUGAAAUGAAACAGUUAAAGGAAAGUGUUAUGUAACCCUCUGAGCAGCCCAUCAGUAUCUAGAAAAGGGCUUUUGUUUUGAAUAUUUCAUCGGUGUAACUCUGGAAAAUGAAUAAGGCACUUUCUUUCUAUGAAAUGAAAGAUUGGCUUUAUGGGCAGAGACAUAUUGAUAAAGAGUAUAAAUGGAUGUGAGAUGAGAGGAUACAGGGCUUGCCUUUGGGUUACAGGGUAUGGCAAGUUAUAGUAAGUGCAGAGCGGUAUUGAUGGCAACUCUUUAUUUUGUUUUGUGAUAUUAUUUUCUGCCAUUAUUUCCUUUUUAAUUGUAAUAUUAUUUAACAGUCUUUCUCUCAGCAUGGUUUCACCAAAUAAAGAAAUAAGGCCUGGUUCUGUCAGACAAUGUACACUUGUAGCUUUUAAAGUAAACAAAUAAGAGAAUCUCUCUGUUGAUCAUACGACAGCAUAAUUAUCAUUAAAUGUGUGGUCUGAAAACUAAAGUGAUGUGCCCGGCACACAUCAGACAUUUUCAUCCUCAACGUGUGCUGUGAUCUUAUGUUAUCCAUGUGAACACCAAAAAGAUAGUACGACCUAUUCACACGUCAGUCCCUUUCAUAUAAAGGUUCCUGGGGAAAAACAUCUCUCAGCUGAACAAAACCCAUCGUCCCUCUUCAUCACAUCCAGAACCUUCAUCUUGAAUCUGGUCGUGCAACCCAUUGCUCCCUAACAUCAUCUGUCCAUUUCUACCCGUCCCUUUCUCAUUAACACAUCCAGCUCUAAUAGUUUCCACUAGCUUACUGAUAUGUAUUCAACAACAAUAGUAAACAAUGGUGCUGAAGUGUAUACUAAUGUUUGUAAAUUAUUUGAGACAUGGAUGUAAGUUUGCACUGUCAUACUUUUUGUGAGUCAAAGUUUUAGCAGUGUGCUGUGUGCUUGUUUUUGUGGUAUAUUUUUUCUUUUUGUUUUGAUUUAAAUUGUGUGUGAGAAGGUGUACUGACACGUUAAAUGCUAGAAACUCUUUAAAAGAACAUGAUUAGUGGUCAUUUAUUUUUAUUGUAAAUAUUACAAAACAAUUUAUAACGCACUAUUAGAUGUCAGAGCCUUUCAAGACUUGAGUCCACAAAGUUGUGUCUAAUGAGACUAAUGACAAAUCCCCUCUCUGCCUCACCUCUGUGCUCAAUAUCAAAUCAAGAGGGCAUUUCAGUGGCCAAAAGUGUGAUGUCUUUGCCUCAACUUCAGUCUCAUCCCUUUGAAGUGCACCAUAAAAACAGCACUAGACUCAGGGUUGAUGUGUCAUAGGCAUACACUGCCCUCCAGAGGGUCCACUUAGCACAGCUCCAGCUGUAUGGAAGCUGGUGAGGAUACAGCACAAGACCUGGUUUUAAUAUAAUCUGUACCAGUGUGUAAAGGAAAGAUUGUCUCGGUAUUCCUGUUCCUUGUUUGGAAAUUGAAAUGUGCUGUCCCAUCUUAAAAUACAUGUUUCCACCCCGAAUAACCUACCACAAAUUAAUUUCUGCCAAUAUAAGUCUGUUUUAUUCAAAGUAUGUUAAUAUUUGUUAAUUUAUGAUAUAAUUAUGAAUUGUAUCUUUUAUUGUGUUUAAAGAUUUUCUAUCAUGUUGAUCAACGCUGAAUGGUGCAGGAGAUGGAUUUGAGGUGAUGAGUCCAACAUGCUCAGAGACAUAAAGAAACACAAAGAGAUCUCUGUUGAAUGAAUUAUGUCUGCCCCUGUAAUAAAGUACAUACAGAGUAACAAAUUGUUAAUAUGAGAGAUCACAGAUGAAUGUGUGGGUGUGAAUACAAAAUGUAAUGACCAUUACAGCCUUUUCCGCUAUAUACGUUUUUGCCAUCAUUUUAUUUCUUCCUUUCUCUCCCUUAUUAUGUAAACAGGAAAUGUGUUUUCAGUAUGUUGUGUGUGAUUAUUGAAAGGCAGAGUUUAAGGAGCAACAGUCAACAAUGGGGAGCGAGACUGGUCAUAUGAUGUGGACAGGGAAAGAAUGAGGCAGGAGAUUUAUAUAUUUAACAAAAAUAUUAAAUGUACCCUCAAAAAUACAAUAGAAUAUGCUUGUAUUUUCCCAUAUUAUCAUAACAGUUGUUCACCAAUAGGAUGUUUUAAAUAAGAGGUGUUGAAUGUCUGGGGAGUUUCAUAUGUUUUAUGUUAUGCCCUGAAAUGGCAGCUUAAAAACCCUUGGGGUUUUUGCCCAUGUUAAAUCUCAAUUAGUACACCUAUCCCCUUGUAAAAAAGAAAUAUAAAGACAUAAAAUGUGGUGUAUCUGAUAUCUACAGUAUGGUGAUUGUGCCUUUCACUAUUUCUGCAUGGUUUUUGUGAUGUACUGAUUUUUCCAUCCCCAAAGUGGACCUAUGUCCACUGACAGGCAAGACCUAUGCAAAAAUUAAUGGAUGGGUUUCCAGCAUCCAUUCAGAAAAACACAGGUACCCGCCAAAAAAAAACUAAAAAAACCAUCAACAAUAAAUACUCAGGUUAACACCUGAA